UGCAGUGAAACCAACUUACUUUUUCAGCGCUGUUUGUCAAACGGAUUUGAUCCGUGUCAGUCCCACAUCGGACGUCCAUGUCUCCUGCGCUGGCCAGGUCGGCUCCCAGCGAGCUCAACCACUGGUGGAGUCAGCUGAAAUUUCGCCUUCGGAACAAGAAAGGAUGGAACGAGAUGCUGGAUGAGACCUUUCUGCAGCACACCAAGUCCUCUAACGACAUUCCUCUAUUCUACGCCGCAAUGAGGAACAGAGCGGGCUGCAUCAAGAAGCUGCUCGGCUGCUCUUCCACCGACAUCUUUGAACGAGGCGCUCUGGGGGAGACGGCGCUCCACGUGGCCGCCAUGAACGACAACCUGGACGCCGCUGUGGCCCUGACGGACGGCGCCCCCGAGCUCAUCAACGAGCCCAUGACCUCGGACCUCUUCCAAGGUGUUACGCCUCUCCACAUUGCUGUGGUGAAUCAGAACUACAACCUGGUCCAUCAUCUGGUUAGUCGCGGGGCGGAUGUGGCCACGCCCAGAGUCACGGGCCUGUACUUCAGGAAGAGGAUCGGAGGACUUAUAUACUAUGGUGAGCACGUUCUUUCUUUUGCCGCAUGUGCCGGCAACGAGGACAUCAUCUCCAUGAUCGUCGAAGCAGGGGCCAGCACCAGGGUCCAAGACUAUCGUGGUAACACAGUGCUUCACAUUUUAGUCCUGCAACCCAACAAGACAAUUGCAUGUCAGGCUAUUGACCUAAUAAUGGCCCGCGAUGCAGAGCUGGACCAGCCGGUUCCGCUUGACAUGGUGCCCAACUCCCGAGGCCUCACGCCUUUUAAACUGGCCGCCAAAGAGGGAAACACAGUGGCCUUUCAGCACCUGGUGAGCAAAAGGCGUUUAGUCCAGUGGAGUCUGGGACCUUUGACCUCUCACCUCUAUGACCUCAGCGAGAUCGACUCGUGGGCCGACAACAUGUCAGUGCUGGAGCUCAUCGUGGCUAGCCCGCAAAAAGAGGCCAGAAGAAUACUUGAGGUGACCCCGGUGAGGCAGCUGGUCAGCCUCAAGUGGAACCUGUACGGGAAACAUUACUUCAGGCUCCUGAUGGUUUUCUACCUGCUGUAUAUUGGAAUGUUCACAUUAUGUUGUACAUAUCGCCCCUUGAAGGCCGCUCCGGAGAAUUACACAUCGUCAGAUAUGGACAAAACCAUCAGAGUUCAGAAGACACUCCAUGAGAGUUAUGUGACAUACGAGGACAACCUGCGUCUGGUAGGAGAAAUCAUCAGUGUCCUGGGAGCUUUAGUCAUCCUGUUGCUAGAGAUCCCUGAUAUCCUCAGAGUGGGAGCGAAACGCUACUUUGGUCAGACAGCGCUGGGCGGCCCCUUCCACGUAAUCCUGUACGUUCAUGAAAUCGCCACAAAAGCCAACGUGGUUAUAAUACAUUUUAAAUACUGUAUGUUGUGUUGCUGUCGUCGUUGUUGUUGUUGCAGUGUCAGCUACGCAUGCCUGGUGGUUCUGUUGUGUGUGUUCAGAGCGUGCAGUGUGCAGGGCGAGGCCGAGGUCAUGGCUGUGUGUUUGGUGCUGGGCUGGACGAACGUCAUGUUCUUCGCGCGUGGUUUUGAAAUGCUCGGCCCGUACGUCAUUAUGAUCCAGAAGAUUAUAUUUGGAGACCUGACAAAAUUUAUGUGGCUGAGUGUCAUUGUACUUCUUGGUUUUUCAACUUCCCUGUGGAUGGUGUACAUGACUCAGGACCCAGAUUCUAUCCCGGCCUAUCGCUCUUUCCCCAUCACGCUCUUCUCCCAGUUUGAGCUCAGCGUGGGCCUCAUCGACCUGCCGGUGGACCACACCUUCACCACGCCCCCUAUCGUCCACGUGCUGCACUGCGCCUUCUCCGUGGUGUCCUACAUCCUUCUGCUCAACCUGCUGAUCGCCAUGAUGAGCGACACCCACUGGCGGGUGGCCCAGGAGAGAGACGAGCUCUGGAGGACGCAGGUAGUGGCCACGACGCUUAUGCUGGAGAGGAGGCUGCCCCGCUGCCUUUGGCCUCGACUCGGAGUGUGCGGACUCAGCUACGGCCUGACGGAGCGCUGGUACCUCCGAGUCGAGGACAGGAACGACCCCAUGAUGCAGAAGAUGCGCCGAUACGUUAAAAUGUUCACCAGGGAUGACGAAAAGGAGGAAAAGGAAGGAUCGGAGAAGGCCAACAUGAACCCAAAGGUCAGACCGAGAAAUAGGAGCUCCAUGGCAGGAUGGAAGAUGAUUCGUGAAAGUGCUUUGGGUGCCGACGUGGAGGUGGAAGAGCCCGGGAAUGAGCAAGACAUUCAAUUUGUCUAGACAAAGCCAAUGAAAUGAAUGACUUCACAUUCUAUCCUUUUAGUCUUUAUAGUGAAAUGGUGCAAUUUUUCUUGCAGUAUUACAUGGAAGAAAAUAGUGUCUUAUUUUUAUUGCAACAUCUCAACAUGUAGCAGAAAUAUAUGCUGAGAGAAUUAAGUGCUGGCCAAACAUAUUUAUGUGACAAUAACACUUUAUUGAAGCAUAAUUCAAGGCUUUUGGUUCCACAUAAUACUACUAAUCUACCACAUUAGACUAAGGCAACUGGAAUUGUAUUUAAAAUUGCUGAAUGGCAUAGAUAGAUCAACAAAGAUACACUAUUUGUGUUUUUUUUUUUUUGUGGCUUGUUAUUUAAAGUGGAUUAAAAAGAAAUCCCCCAAUCUAUUUAUUGGUGGAGUGUGCAGACAGGGGUAAAAAAAACUAUUAUUAUCUUAUUAGCACAUGCACACACAUACUGUACAGAGUGCUUAACAAAUGUAUUAGACCAGCACCCAAUGUAAGGUUUAUGCCACAUGAACAGCAUUGCUAAUGUACAAGCUCUUUAACCAAAAGGAUAUUUGUAAUGCUCCAAUGUCAUUGUCAUUGUCGUCCACUAAUUUUCUAAUUGACUGUUUCACAAUUUUAAAAAAAUCUGCAAUAAAUAUAAAGUGUGUGAUUAUAUAUUGAUGUCGAAUGAAAAGUUACUGACUUGCA